CUCUCAGGACAUGAAGGUACAUACAUCUGCUUGGAUGGUCUGCCGAAGACCCCGGACACUUGCAGACUCUAUGCAUUUGGCGUUAAUAGGGAAGACAUUAAGUUUGAAAUGGAGAUGGGGAAGCGUGGCUGCCGAGCCCACAUAAUUACGCCUCUGACGGAAUACAGCUACUCUAAACUGGGUGUCAAUACCUACCUGUACCCACUUCAGCUGACGAAUGCGACGGGUUUAGGACAUUACACACUGGAUAGUUUCAUGAAUCUUCUAAACCACAUGUGGAAACCCAUCCACUACGUGAAGACUACCCUGGCCGGGACGGAGUGGACCUUGCUCUUUAACAUCUUUACCUCCAGCUACCAGGCCUAUUUCAACGUCAAGCAGGUUCGACUUCUGCUCCAUCUCCCUCCUGCCACCGACGAAAACCUCCAAAGACUCAACGAGAUGUACCGAAUGUUGAUCGGCCUCGAGUACUACGGCUUCAAGCUAGUUUACUCACGCCCACUGCCCGAUACGCAGUACUAUCAUGCUUACUUCGAACGUCAUCUCUACACCAAGUAUGAAACAGUGUGGAUUCGACGUUGAAUAGUGUUGUUCAGGACACUGAAAACAAUAUCAGACGUUAACAAAAAUUUCGAGGGCACAGAACUUAAAAAACUACAUUUCAGGCUACUCAAAAGGGAGAGAAUAAUGACAAAGAAACAAAUAAAAACAAAUGCGUUGUCGGGGGUCAUAAUGUGACUAAUCAAGCGGUACAGUUCAUGGCAAGCCGUGCCUAUUAUAAACUUUUAUCUUAUGUCGAAUAUAAUGGUGCUUUGUGUUUUUUACCUUAAACGUGAAACUUAUUUUUCUUUGUAUUAUUUGUUUCCAUGUAUUUUUAAAAUGUUUUACAUGAUUUGAAUGAAUGUUGUUAUCUGCAGUAUUUAAUGCAUCAAUAGUAUUUGGUUUACAUUUUUUCAUUCAUAUGUAUGCAUAUGUUCAUUGUAUGUAGUCAUCACAAAUAAUUUUUGCAUAAUUAUCGACGUUU